UCCAAACCUCCAGACAUCUCUUUGCGAAGAAGGCAGCGGCUCUGCUUUGUUUACUUUAAAGAUGGAUGUUCAAUUACAUAUAUUUUCUGAAAGCAUUAGCAAUCUGGUUUAAAAUCGGAACCUAGAAUGUAAGAUAGAAAAAACACAGCAUGGAGGAAUCGUGGGAUUUUGAAUUCUUGUCUCGUGUGGUUGAUAGUCUGGUGUCCUUUCUGUCCGAAUUUGUGGACGAUUGGCUGGCCAACGACAUGCGAGUUGCAGUGUUUAAAAUUCUGUUCAGCUGGCUCGUCAUCAGUCUCGUAGCCAUCCACUUUGCAUGGAAAGUGUACGGGAACACUGUCAACGAUAUGUACUACAGACAGGGGACUGGAGGACAGAAUGGCGGGACUCCUGACACGGCGCCUAACCUGAGCGGAUGGGAAAGUGCAGCUGGUGAUGCCAAGAAAACCCACCGUGAGUGAUGUACCAGCAACUGGACUAAGAGCACCAACACACAAGAUGGAUUAAAGCAAUUGAAGACUUCAGAUGCAAAAGCCUCUCAGUGCCGUUUGAAAUUUUCUUCUAAAAUGAGCAUUUUUAUCAAGCUCUGUUUAGGUUCAGUAAUUUCACUUUAAUGGCAAUUAAUAGGUAAUUUUCAUUGCCAUUAAAGUGAAAUAACUGAACAUAAACAUACAAGCUUGAUAAAAAUGCUAAUUUUAGAAGAACAUUUCAGAUGGCACUUCGAGGCUUUUGCAUCUGAAGUCUUCAAUUGCAUUCCUUCAAGAACAUUAAAUACAUCAGAACUUGUGCCAUUAAAUCCUUUUUUCUUGUUAAGAUGUCUGUGAUGGACUGUGGUGCAAAACUUAACACAUGAAUAUGUGCUUGAACAUACACGACUGAAUGGUGCUGUGCACUGGAAAGGGAGCAUUAGAGGAUACUGUGAUAUAUAGCAGCUCUGGCUCUUUUAGAAUGUUUGGUUGGAUUGAAUUCUUAAAGUUAGUAGAUAGCAAGACUUGAGCGAUUCUCACACAGUAUCAUUUUACUAAAAACUGACAGGAAUACUAGACAAAAUGCAGGUCCCAAAUGUUCACAUAAUAAUUUGUUCUGUUAGUAGAAAUCAAAUAAUUGAUUUCAGUGAUGUAUGAAAAUGGACUCGACUGUACAGAAAUAAGACAUACCUCUGCCAUGCUUUCAGGUGUCCGGAAGGUUACAGCUGUCUUUUUGCAGUGCAAAUAAUAAAUACAAUUUGUACCUAA